ACAUCGGCUAGACGUAUUUUCCGCUAGUGAAAAGUGAAAAUUAUUAAAUAUUGUGUGUAUUUAAUUAAAAAAUAAUAUACAAAAAUUACAAUUAACGGUUGUGCGCUGCUACGAUGGAUGCGUUCUCUUAUCAACGCACCGUACAGAGCUUAGCACGCGUGCUGGCACGCAUAGACCCUACACCGUGGGACAAGGUGCAAUCGCUCUUCCGCUAUUGCCCACAAGAAAAUGCUGCUGGUGUUUUCUGUCUUGAUGCAAAAGCGCAAGAUGCGGUUAUAGCUUUGGGUAUUUAUUUUCUGGAAAGUGGCUGCCAACAUGAACAGCGUAUUGUGCCGUAUUUAUUGCGUUUAGCGAAAUGUUUGCCGAAGGCGGUUUGGGUUGAUGAUGCCAAGUGGAGCAAAACCGAUCGCAUACCGUCAGCAGAGAAAUUUAGUUUCUGUUUAAACACUUUACUCUCCGACAUUGCUUCGAAAAGCCCAGAUUUACGCGAAGAGAUCAUACUCAAUCAGGUAGAGACACUCAGCGCUUUAGCAAAUAUCAUCAAGUCCAGCAAAGACAGCAGCUCUGCACCACCACCCAUCAUACUCUGCAAAGCUACCGUACCAUUACUUUUCGGUUUGGCACGUUCAAUGGGCCGUUAUGCCAUGCAGGAUCCACCGCUGCUCUGUCGCAUAUAUCCACGUGAAGAAAUGCCUGUGGUGAAACAGAAUACACGCGAUGGUGGCAGUUUCAGCUCUAGCGAACGCCUCGCUUGCUUCACACAAUUUCGCCCAAUUAUACCGCGUUCCAUGUCCGGUAGUUUGAGUCAAGAUUCGAAUGAGUUGCGCAUGCGUCAAUUGCAAAUGAUUAACGGCAUGCACAAACAACACAAACCACAUUUGCAAACCUACUUUUCUGUGCCCUACGAUCCGCGCACACAUUUCUUCACCAAAACCGGUUCGAGCUUCAAUCAGUUUCCCAAUAUGCGCGCCUGUGAAACGUCAGUGAAGUCGAAAAAAACAUUUGUGGUGCCACCAUUUCCCAUACAACAUUUGCAGACCAUUUUUGCUGUAGCUAAAAAAUUACUCACCAAAGAAACGCUGGAACAUUUGGAUGAGCAAGCGAGUGAUAUUUUUGCUUUACAUCAAAUCAAAGGCUAUUGCUAUAAGAGUUUCUCGGAGACAUUGAACUUGGUUUUGGUUACACUCCUACGCGAGCUGUUGCAACAUCAAAUCGAUUUGCCUACACCAUUUACAAAGGAUGUGCAGGAAUUUGUUAAGCGUCUCUUUUUGAAUGGACAAACAGAGUUGGCUAAUAAACAACAGGAUCAGGAGAAGGAGAAACGUGAGGAGAAUGGCCUACCGGUGGUCAAUAAAUAUAAGGUGAACGUGAUGGCAAAUGCAGCCUGUGUAGACCUGCUGGUGUGGGCCAUACGCGACGAAACGGUUGAUGAGGAGUACAAUGUACCUUCAUUGCAGUUGGGUUUAAAAAUUUUAUUGAAAAAAGAGGCUGACAAGCUCUGCGGUCGCCUUUCACAGAAACUCAACUCGGUCUUGAGUCAUAAGAUCGUCUUAGAUCACAUGCCACUGCUGAUGGUUUGUCUAGAAGGUCUCGGCAAAUUGGCACAGAAAUUUCCCAACAUCGCUGGCACAUCCAUAUCGUAUUUACGCGACUUCCUCGUCGAUCCCAGUCCAAUAUUGGCCAAAUUGCAUGCCUACUCGCAGCAAACGCUUGCGCUGCAAAAGAAGGAGAAAGAAAAGUUGGCGCCAUUCAAGAUUGUCGUACAGAAUAGCGAGUCCCGCUCGACGGUUGAUAUUUACGGUGAUAAUCAGAAGCAUGCGGGCAUGCGUUCGGGUCAGGUAGCUUUCGAGGCGUUACGUGAUGCGGCAAUUGAGAAUCUGAGCAUAGCUUUGCGUGCGGCGCACACUCUGGAUCAGUAUUGUGUGCCGGCUUUGGUGGCUAAUCUCUCAAAUCGACUCUUCACCGCGGAGAAACACGAAUCCGAAUCGACACUGGUUAGCCUCAAUAUCAUAGUAAUGCUCGGCCACGUCGCGGUUACACUGAAGGACACCUCGAAGACCACACAGAAUAUUCUCCAGUUCUUCAUACAACGCUUUUGCAAAGUGCCCUCAGAGCAGAAUGCACUAAUCGUCGAUCAGCUCGGCUGUAUGAUCAUCUCACAGUGCGAGCCACAUGUUUUCGAGGAGAUCAUGAAAAUGUUCUCACGCGUCACCGUGCAAUCGGCCUCGCUGGCCUACACUUCGGAUCAGGAACAUCGCAAGCAAUUCAAUAACGUGUCGGAUGCGGUGGUCAAUGCCUUGGGCAAUAUUGCCGCCAAUAUACAGGGCGACGCUGAGAUGCUCGAAUUGUUGGGCAAACUGCUCGAACUCUUUGUGCAAAUCGGUCUGGAGGGCGAGCGCUCCUAUGACAACAAUACACCGGGCGCGCAGAAGGCUAGCUCCAGCGCCGGUAAUUUGGGUAUGCUAAUACCGGUGAUUGCGGUGCUGGUGCGUCGCCUACCGCCGAUUAAGAAUCCACGCUUGCGUUUGCAUAAAUUAUUCAAGGAUUUCUGGGUGUAUUGUGUAGUCAUGGGCUUUACAAAUGCUCGCCUCUGGCCAGCCGAUUGGUAUCAAGGAGUGCAACAGAUUGCAGCCAAAUCGCCAUUACUCAUCUCGCAGACGACACACAAGUCCGACAUGCGUGAAUUGAACUAUACAUCGGCGAUUAAGAGUGAUUCGGUGAGUUUGAAUGAGUUGCGCAGUCAGAUACUGUUAUUGCUCGAACAUCCCACGGCCGAGGUGACGGCCUCGAUCAACAAGCUGACCUUCGCGCAAUGCACCUAUCUCUUGAGCGUCUACUGGCUGGAGACGUUGCGUGUGGAGAACUCCGAGGAGCCAAGCUUGGAACCGAUAUUGAGUUAUCUGUGCGAUAAUGCGCUGCAAAAGGACAAAUCGGGCAUUUGGCAAUGUGUGAAGUGCGUUGCCGAUCAGGUGUUCGAGAAGUUCCGCAAUGUACUCUUCGCACACGACGAAAUCCGCGAGAAGGUCUUGGAAUCGCAAGCAAUGCUCUUGCUCGUCUACUUCAAUCACAUACACAAGCAAAUUCAGCUGGUCGCCGAUCAGUAUCUCUCGCAGUUGGUGGACAAAUUUCCCCAUCUCUUGUGGAAUAGACGCGUGCUCUGGUGCAUGUUGGACAUACUGCAAUUGCUCGCAUUUUCGCUGACACUCGAUCCCAACGAGGAGACGCCCACAUUGCGCGUAGUAUCCACACCGUAUACCUUGCAGCUCAUGGACUCGCUGCCUGCGCGUGAAAGUCGUCUCAAGGACUUUGCCGAUCGUUGUCAGGGCAUUGUAAAUGAAGCUAUGAAAUGGGCGCCGCGCUCCACGCGCUCCCACUUGCAAGAGUAUCCCAAUCAGAUACCCGCGCCGGUGCUGGCACAUCACAGUGGCUUGGCUUUGGCUUUCGAUUCGGUGGUCAGCAGCAACACUUUGUAUCCGAAUGCUUUGCCCUCGAUCAGCAAGCGUCCCAACUGUGUCAACAGCAAUACACCGCGCUUUGUUUCAGUUUUGUGUCUGCGUAGCAAAUAUGCCGGUGAAAUUUCUGGUCUACUUUCGGUGUUGAGCGAGGAGGACAAGGCCGGCUUGGCGGAUCGUUUGGUAAAAGACGUCUGGGAUGCGUGCGCUGAGAAGAGUGAUGCGCGUCAUCGGGGCGCGUUGUGGCGCGCCACCGCUUACUUGAUCAUCUGCUCGGAUGUGAAUCGAAAAUUGUUGCAUGCAGUGGCCACUUCUCAAGUGGAACUCUUCACCGAAUACGCAGUGGAAACGGCUGUCGAGUGCUGGCAGUGGGUGCUAACGGCGCGUCAAGAUCUAGAACUCUGUUUCAUACAGGAGAUGGUCAGCGCCUGGCAGACGACCUUCGAAAAGAAGUUGGGUCUCUUCUCCGACGAGGUGGAAAUAACCAUACCGCUGGCCGCCUACGAUGGCUGUAAGCUCGUCUCGAAACCCAUACAAAUUGCGCCACAUCUCAUUUGGCUGCAACUGCUCUCCGAGAUGGUUGACACCGCCAAGUAUUGUAAUCGCGACAAGGUGGAAAUGUUUUGUCUGCUGCUGCAUCGUUGUUUGCCCAUCUCAAAGAACUCAAAACAGAAUCGUCAAGUGUCAACGGUCGGUUGUCGCUUCAAGCUUUUGCAAUGCGGUCUCUCGCUGCUCCAAGGCAAUACAAUACCGCGUUCGCUGGCGCGCAAUAUACUCCGCGAACGUAUCUAUAGCAAUGCAUUGGACUAUUUCUGUGGUCCACCCACAUGCCCGAAUCAGAGUAAGGAGCAAUUGUUGGAUGACAUUUUGAUACUGUUGAAGUUCUGGCAGACGAUGCGUAGUGAGAAGAAACAUUUGGUCACCUCGGAGGUGGGCGAAUACGAUAUUACGACGGUGGCCUCGGCGCAAAUGCUCUCAGUGAAACAGAAUGCGGAGACGGCGUCGCUGAUCAGUGGUGGCGAUGUGGCGCGCUCGAUGUCCACCGGUGGCACUGGCGGCUGGUACAACACCAUACCGCACUCUACGUCGACACUAUCGAAACGUUCGAACCGCUCGAAACGAUUACCCUACCAGAAGGAAUCGUACGACAAGGAUUAUAUGAAAAAGCGCAAUUUGAUUUUGGAAUUGUUGGCAGUUGAGCUGGAGUUCCUCAUAACAUGGUACAACCCGAAUAGUCUGCCUGAUCUGGCAAUACCUGGUGAGGAGCAGGUUAACGAGUGGCGCGCGCGCCCCUCCAAACCGAAUUUGUGGCGCGACUACGCACGUCUCGCCUGGGCUUACAACCCCGCUUUGGCGGUAUUCCUACCGCUGCGCAUCAAGAGCGCCGACUCGAUUGAAGAGGAGGUCUCACGUUUGGUAUGCGCUGAUCCCAUCGCCGUCAGUCACAUCCCCGAGGCGCUUAAGUACCUCUGUAAUACCAAAAACCUGUUGCACGAGAGUCCUGAUCUAGUCUACAUGCUCUCCUGGGCGCCCGUCAAUCCCAUACAGGCGCUUUCUUAUUUCUCACGUCAAUAUCCUUCACAUCCGCUUACCGCACAGUAUGCGGUGAAGACGCUAAGCUCCUACCAAGCCGAAUCCGUAUUGCCAUACAUUCCACAACUGGUACAAGCGCUGCGACACGACACCAUGGGUUAUGUGGCAGAGUUUAUUAAGAAUAUUUCCAAGCGUUCGCAGAUUGUCGCACAUCAGCUCAUUUGGAAUAUGCAAACGAAUAUGUUUAUGGAUGAAGACCAACAGCAUAGAGAUCCGAAUUUGUAUGACUGCUUGGAGGCGCUGUCACAGAAUAUAAUCUCCUCCUUCUCGGGCGCGGCCAAACGCUUUUACGAACGCGAAUUCGACUUCUUCGGCAAGAUAACCGCCGUCUCGGGUGAAAUACGCUCCUUUCCCAAGGGUAUUGAACGCAAGAAUGCCUGCUUGACGGCGCUUAAACGCAUACAAGUGCAGCCUGGCUGCUAUCUACCCUCCAAUCCGGAGGCUAUGGUGCUGGACAUUGACUACAACAGCGGUACGCCCAUGCAGAGCGCCGCCAAAGCGCCCUACUUGGCGCGUUUCCGCGUCUAUCGUUGCGGCAUAACCGAGCUGGAGACGCGCGCCAUGGAGGUGUCCAAUAAUCCGAACUCACAGGAGGAUGCUAAAAUGACGCUGGGCGUUGAGUCGUGGCAGGCGGCAAUCUUCAAAGUAGGCGACGAUGUACGUCAGGACAUACUCGCGUUGCAGGUUAUAACAAUUUUCAAGAACAUCUUCCAGCAAGUAGGCUUAGAUCUAUUUCUCUUUCCCUAUCGCGUGGUUGCCACUGCGCCGGGUUGCGGUGUCAUUGAGUGCGUGCCAAAUGCGAAAUCGCGCGAUCAGCUGGGACGUCAAACUGACUCCGGGCUCUAUGAGUACUUCCUGCAUCAGUAUGGUGACGAGAGUUCAAAGGAAUUUCAGGCAGCGCGCGCCAAUUUUGUCAAAUCCAUGGCGGCGUAUUCGCUGAUCGGUUAUUUGCUGCAGAUCAAGGAUCGUCAUAACGGCAAUAUAAUGAUAGACAAGGAUGGACAUGUCAUACAUAUUGAUUUUGGUUUCAUGUUUGAGUCUUCGCCAGGUGGUAAUAUCGGCUUUGAGCCCGAUAUCAAACUCACCGAUGAAAUGGUCAUGAUUAUGGGCGGUAAAAUGGAGGCGCCCGCCUUCAAGUGGUUCUGUGAGUUGUGCGUUGAGGCCUUCCUGGCUGUACGACCCUAUCAGGAUGCAAUAGUCUCGCUAGUGUCACUCAUGCUCGACACAGGUUUGCCCUGUUUCCGUGGUCAGACUAUAAAUUUGUUGAAGCAACGCUUUGUGGCGACCAAGAAUAAUAAAGAGGCGGCCGCGCAUAUCUUGGCGGUCAUAAGAAAUUCGUAUCAGAACUUCCGUACGCGUACCUACGAUAUGAUACAGUAUUAUCAGAAUCAAAUACCCUAUUAAAUGGAAUGGCUCAUACAUACAUACACGUAUGUAGUAGGAAGUGUGAAGGGAAGUGUCAUGGCAGUUCGAAAGUCAGGUUAGAUUAGGUCAAAGUGUAAGGGGAGGAGGUUACGGAAACGCGCUCUAUGCAGUUAUUGCAUGUCUCCAUUGCAGAGUUUCUUUUGUUUUAAGCCAAAAUCCACCGCUAAAGCUAAUGCAUUUCAGCUUUUAAAAUAUUUGCACAUUUUUUAUUAAAAAUUUCUUCAAAAAUAUUGCAUAAAAGUUACAAAUUCUUUCGAAUUCCCUUUUCAUGUUAAAAAUUCCAACCUUUAGCGCUGUUUUCAAAUUUCGAAAAUAUUUACUACGAUUAAAUCUCGCUAUGUUAACAAAGCGUAAUGGGUUAAAUGCACUUCGAAAUUACUUAGGUUUUUUAUCACUGCGAAUUUCUUAUAUUUUCUAGAAUUGUAAGUUUACGAAUAUUGAGACGAUGCAAGUUGUUUGGUGAAUUGUGUGCGGCCAAUUAAGUAUUGUUUGGAAUGCAUUAUGCAGUAUUUGCAUUAUAUUUAAAUAAUUACUGUUAUACACCAUUAUUAAUCGAAUUAUAUAUAUAUAUAUAUAUAUAUGUAUAUGUGUUAGCAAGCUGUCCAAUAUUAUAAUAUUAUAUAUAAUACCCCAUGUUAUAAAUUAAUCACUAAUAAUGUUGUGUGAAAGGUUCAAAAUUAAAGUCAAAUUCCUCAAAUAA